CCAUCAACAAGACCCUCGUACUGCAGCACCUCGAACAGCACGCGCGUAUCGGAGCUUCGAAGGCUCGGCUAGAACAUUUCGAUGCGACGCUAAAGUCGAUAUCUCCGGAAGAGUCGAAGGAACUGUUGAAGAGUGCACAUGCCCGGAUUAGCGAGAUUAUUAUAUUUUUUAUUGUGUGGUGUAAGGAUGAUGAGAAGUACAUGACUACGUUCGACCAAGCAGAAGCCCCCGAAGGCUCGGAGCUGUAUCGCGCCCGAGCGGCGGUAUCCACCAUGCUCAACUGCAUAGCCCACGAUAUCUCGAAGAUACCCAAGACGGAUCCUUCGCGCGCUGAGAACGCGAUUCUUGAUAUGCAGAUCGACGAUAUUGCCGAGGUGGCGGAGAAGUACCUCCAAGGUGUAGAUGGGAAGCCACCGGCCAAUUGGAGUGCGUUUUGGGAGGAGAUUUAUAUUUUGAUGCAUUCGUUGGGAUCUGAGCUGGAGAAGGGCGGGUAUGGCGAGGAGUAGAAAAGGUUUUCUAGCUCGGGUUUUCACAUGCGAAUCUUACUUUCACACUCCAUAAUUGUUCGCACGGCCGUAGAAAACUUACAACACCUCGGUUGAGAAGUGCUCGCUUCACGUCUGUCACUAAAGGCCCUCUAGACGGCUAGAGCCACAGACGGCUAGAGUCACAGACGGCUCCUACUUAUCCUGAUUAUGCGCG